AUGAAGAAAGAUUUAAGUAAAAGACCAGUCAGAGCGAGAAGGAAGAAAACUAUGAAUUCGUUUUAUUACAACAGCGAUUACAGUAAUGAUUUAAACAGCGAAGAAUCCAAAGGUCGAAUGAGUUUUCUAAAAAGAGGUGAGACGUCGGACGGAUUUGAAACACCAGGGACAAGUAAAGCAAAAGAGCAGAGAAAAUAUCAUGACAUGUAUAACCACAACCAAGGGGUAGGAAACAGCUCCAUGAUGGGCGACCUCCGUGUCAGCUCGAUCAUGCCCCCUGAGAAUAAAAAAAAUGAAUUCUUUGACGAUAGUAAUAAUUUAAAAGAUUCAAGUGACAAUGAAAAAAGAAUCAGAAUAAAAAACCACCGGGUGCAAAACGAAGAAAUGUUGAGCAUCAAAAAUGAAGUGAAGAUGGAGCAUACUGGAAGCAACAACUCCAUUAGGGCAGAUAAAGGGAAGGGUUACAACCCCGGUGGAAAUGCUCCAAGCAAAGCGAAUUGUAAUCGGGCCAAGCACCUAUCCAAUAGUAGUGAAAAUAAUUAUGCCAAAAUGGCAGAGAAGUUACCGCACGUAGUUGGUGUUAGAUUUGACAAGUCGCAGAACAGAUGGCUCUCCGGGAUUUGCAUCAAUGGGAGGUGCAUCAACAGAUACUUUCCCGUUUACAAGUAUGGGUUUGAGGAGGCCAGGCGGCUGGCCAUCCAGCACAGGAAGAAUUUCGAAACGGCCAAUUUGGGCCACUUGAAGAAGCAGCAGGGCGAGUCGAAAACGUCCCACCUGAACCUUCUGAACAUUAACUCGCAGAUACCGAAUGGGUUUAAAGACAUCCAGGGGAAAAACAAACUGAUCUUCAAAUACCUGUCGUACGACUCCAUCCAAAAGGAGUGGGUAGUCACGUACGACUACGACAACAAAGUCCUGGUGAACAAAUUCCCGGUGGACAUCUACGGAUACAAUAACGCGUACGAAAUGGCCGUCCAGUGCAUCAACAAAUUGACCGUCUGCAACCAGGAGAAAAUGUGUAAAAAUGUAAACCAUGAUGGCAGCCAAAGUGGCAGCCAAAGUGGCAACCAAAGUGGCAACCAAAGUGGCAACCAAAGUGGCAACCAAAUUGCCAACCAAAUUGCCAACCAAAUUGCCAACCAAAGUGCCGGUGCCACCGCCGGCCAAAUUGCAAAAAUGCUCAAGGGCGAGAAUCUGAAAGGAUUAAUUGCUUCAGAAAAUGAGCUGAACGAACAGGGAGGAAGCGCUAUUUCUUCGGCCCUUGCACAACGUAAAGAAAAAACAAACAAACUGUUUAACCUAGCCAACAAGCUAUUAACAACCCCCCUUGACAGUGAAGAAAUGAAUGGGCUAAUUGCCCAUCAUGAAAAUAGUAUAUUCAACGGGGGUGCCAAACAUUUCGGUGGAGCAGAGUACAGCCAUAAUGUGUAUAGUGAAUACCUUUCUGAGAAGAAGCAGAAAAUGGGACAGCCAGAUUCCCCCGAUGUGGGGAACCCUCGUUCGGAGAAAAACACCCACCCAAAUGAAUAUAACAAUUUUUACAAAAAUGAGGCCUCCUUUCUGAGCAACGAUUUUCACUUCUUCAACAGUGCAGCAAAGCAGAUAAACUCCACAAACGGAGCGAAUGAAAAUGAUGAGGAUAGUGAUUUGUUGGCUGGUCUUAAAGGCUUAACCCCACGUUCAUACGGAGGAAGUAACAACACCAGCAUGAAUGACAGUAGUAGUAGUAGUACCUAUUUCAAGCCAGACUUGUAUAGCGAAUCAAGUUACUCAGCAGUGAACGCUUCCAAUUUCCCCCUCCUAGAGGACGACGGAAUUAUUGGAAACGUUUUCGAUAGUCAUAAAAAUAUCCUCACAAAUUGUAGUAGCAAUGUGACAGGCAAAAACGGCAACGCACAGUCAAGCUUGGCCUACCUAAGUAGCAUGAAAAAGCUCACUGAUGAUAAUAAUGCCAAACUAUUGCAGCUUCUAAGCACCAGCCUUACAAACGAGGAGGACAAAAAUGCCUACCACCUCUUGAACAACGUACUGAAGCGAGGCAACAUGAAUAACAAAUCCCUCGACAGUCGCAGCACCACGGUGAACCACACGUUGGAUGAGGAGGAGCAUGAGAGAAGGGCAAUAGGGAUAGUCAAGUGGAACCACCUCAUAAAGAGCCAGGAGUUUGAGGCGGCCAACAAUAAUGGCGAGUUCAGCACUAAUGGGCACAACAACGCGGGAAGCGCGAACAACGCAGGCGGCGCGAACAAUGUAAACAGCACGAACAACCCCUGCAGCACCACCAGCAGUGCCUGUAGGAAGAAGAGGAACCCCUUUCAAGGGGGCACCAGUGAAGGCAUAACCAAUCCGCAAAUUCUCGAGGCCUUUUUAAAACUGAGCAGCGGAAAAGAUGGAGGAUUAGACUCCCCCCUAAAUUUGGACGAAAGUGACCACCCCAGGGAGGAUAAACAUGUGCAAAGUGGCGCACGACACUAUGGUGAGGAUACCAUAGAGGGAAGCCACUACGACGAAAACGAACUUAGCAACACCCGGGCGGAGGAAAACCACGCCUUUGGACAAAUCUUCCACACGGAUGGAGAAGCAGGACGAAGAGGAUGUGCCAACGAUGAUGAGGAGCAUUUCCAAAAUGAAGGAGAAAAAAAAAACAAAGUUAAAGAAAAUUUAAAUUACGAAAAUUUACUCAACUUUAACAAAAUGAUAAGAAACAUAAUGAAGAAGAAUAAUAACCUUGACAGUCAUGAUAAAAUUAUUAAAGGAAUUAAUAUUUUAAAAAAUAUGACUACUGCCUCGGUGGCAGAGAGAAGAGAUGCUAACGUAACGAAUGAGGAGAGGGAAAAUGAACAGGGCAGUUACUCCCCUUCCACCAUAAACGAACUGCAAAGUGUAAUCAAAAGGAACUUCGAAGCGUCCAUCAAUUAUGACGACUACAUCACAGUGAAGGACGAACAGGAUGAUGAUAUGAUGAAUGUUAACGUGGAACAGGGGGAGGAGGAUGCCUCUCAGUUAAAGGAUUUAGAAAGUGAAAACCACGUGCAGCCUGCGCAGAAUGAUAUAGCCGCUUAUCCAACCGGUAGUAAUGGCGAAGUAGUAACGAACAAGAUAAGCAGUGAAGAAGAGGCAAACGUAGCUAGCCAGGAGGAGGAAAAAGCCAAUGAGGAACCCCCCCCCGAUCAGGAUGCGCAAAAUGGAGAAGGGGAGGAAUGCCCAGAGAAAAACGUGGAAAGUGUAAGCGACCAAAAGGAAGAGGAGAACACUGCGCCAAACGAUGAUAUAGCAACGGCGCAGAAGGAGGAUAACCCAACGGAAGAAAACCAACUGGAGGAAGGAAAAACAAAGAAAAACUGCGAAUGCAACGAAAUUGCUAUGACGUUAUACCCUUGGAAAAAAGGCAUACAGUGGAACGAGCAAAGAAAUAUGUGGGUAUGCAAAUUGUGGGACGAAAGCGGAAACGAAAUUACAAAACAUGUCUACGUGAAGAACAAGGAGGGAGUUGAAAUUGGCUAUAAGUACUGCUCAAAGAUGAGAGUAAACUCGUUUUCCUUUUACUUAACCACGGAAUUGAAGAAGUUCCCUCCUAUUGAUGAAAUUUCGCAUGACCUGCAAAACCUGUGCUUUGUGGUGAGCUACAAGGAUGAGGAAAGGAAGAGGUACUCAUUCGAAGGGGGGAUAUGCAGGGCGUUCGAGGAUGCCGUGGAGUACUUGAAUAAGCGGAAGGGGGAGGAAAAGGGCGGCGAGCAGCUGGACGAUGGUGAGAACCAAGCUGGAGUGGAGGCGAACAGUCAGGCUGAGGCGAACAGCCAGGUGGAUAUCAACAAAGAGACAGGUGAAAAUGACCAAAUGGGUGGCGACAAAGAGACAGGUGAAAAUGACCAAACGGAUGGAGACAAGCAAACAGGUGAAAGUAGCCAAAUGGAUGGUAGCGACCAAACGGAUGGCACUUCCAAGGGGGGCGCCCGCCACAGCCCCUACAACAUUGCACACUUCGUGCAGGACGAAAGGAACCACGCGCAGCUAGACGACACGUUCAAAGAAUUGAACUACUUCGAGUGCAGGCAGAAAUCACCAAGAAGUAACGCGUGCGAGCAGACCAAGUUAGCCUACAGCUUGAAACCCUGGAUGAAGGGAAUCAUUUGGGAAGAGAAGGUGAAAAAGUGGGUCGUGUUUUUUAAAGACAUAAAUAAAAACCUUCGAAUUAGCUUCUUCAAUCCGUGUGACUACAGUAACGAUGUUAUAUUGUCUUAUAAAAAAUGUUGUGAGUAUUUUCUUCAAAUUAAAAAAUCCAAUAACUUUGAUGAAAAUCGGGAAGAUUUUUCUGAGUCCAUUCGGGACUUCAUUAGCAACUUUGAGUUUGACAACACCACCAGUGAGCAGCACCCAAAUGAAGAUAACCAUGAGGAGGAUGAAGAUGACGAGGAAGGUGGUGCCGGCGCAGAUCUUAUUCAAGCCAACCAGAGGAAAAACGGAGAUUAUUCUGGGAAAGAUAAGGACCCCAUCAAUUUUGGUGACUAUACCCAGGUUAAUAGUAACUACCUCAGUAAGAUAAGUGACAUGCUGGCUUCCAUGCAAAAGGAAAGAAACAACAGUGGUAGUGGCAAUGCAGGUAAUGACCAUUAUGACGAUGAGGAGGACGCGGAGGACGCAGUUUACAGGCAGCACUUUCUAAGCGGUGGGAAAACGGCUGAGAAAAGAAAAUUCAUCAUGAUGAGCAACGGAAAUGACGGCAAUAAUUUGAGCUAUGCAGACCCGAGGAAGUUAAUAAAGCUGGAGGCACCCAACGAUGAGGCGCUGCACUCCGCUCAGAAUGGAAGCGAUAUAAAGGGGAACAACGCCGCGGCGCUGCUGCACGCCUAUAAGUACGUAGCAGAUCUAGCCGAACGAAAAGGCAAUGCGAAAGGCGACUUGCUGCUUAUGCAUAAUAGCGAAUUUUUUAACCAAUUGAGUCAAACCAAUUUUGACGAUAAUGAAAAUGAGCGGACGAGGAAGAGGAAAAAGGCGAACAAGCGAACCAUUGGAAAGGGCAAACCUGGCAGUGGAGACAACCCACACAGUCCUACCGCAGGUAGUGACAACACAGAAAGUGACGAUGACAACGAAAGUAACGUCAACAGUGGAAGUGGCAGAAACAGCCACGAACAGAAUGAUGCAAACCGAAAUGGAAACAGCGGUACUACUGUGCGAAAAGGACUCCUGGAGAGCAAGAAAUUUUUUGAGCUUCAUGAAAGUGGCCACCUACUUAACGGAAAUGGGGACUACCUGUUGAAUCACGAAGAUGGGGGUUACAAAAUGGACUACUCCGGAUUGGAGAGGCAGAAGAAGGGAAGCCUAACCAAUGAGCCUGGUUAUAACAACGGCAGUGCGUAUCAGGAGGACGGCACGGCGAAUGGCGGCGGAACGUCCGCUGGAAGGGGCAUAAAGAACGAGGCGAAUAAUGAAGCGAAUAAUGAAGAGAAUAACGAGGCGAAUAACGAGGCGAAUAACGACUCGAAUUACGACGCGAAUUUUCUCGGAGGGAACAGCAUCGACGCUAAUAAUGACCUAAUGAUGAAUGGCAACCCCCUAAAUUUGCUGAAGCAGCAGGGAGGCGUAGCAGGAGCGGACAUUGCGGGAAUGCUAGAUUUUGUUAGAAAUAAUGCCGAUAACGCUACUGCGGCUAGUAACACGACGACGACUACUACGGCCACCCCGAACGUAGACGUGGCGCUUAGCAACAGUAACGGGAAAGGGGGGGGCCUGCGCGUUUAUGAAAAGUACGCACCCAACGUGGAGAAUAGAUCCAUUAACAAAAGUUUGGAGAAGCUAGACUGCCUUUUUGACAACAACAUAAAUGUGAGGUUACCCAAAAGUGAAAUACUAAACCAGGCGGCGAGCCUUCCAAAGUUGCAAGGAAUGUUUUUUGAUAAGAGAAGAAACUACUGGACUGUCAGUGUCUGCGGAUUUAGGAAAUCCUUUGGAGUUCGAACGAGGGGGGUGUACCAAGCAUACAAAUUAGCGGCCGAAUUUCGUAACCGCAUCUUAGAAACGAACAAGGGAAAAUGCUACCCUCAGAAAAGCUCCAGUAUGUCUAGCAACUACAAAUAUAAUGUAAAAAAUAGUAACCCGAAUGGACUGCUUAAAGAAGAAAAGGGAAGUUUUCCACACGAUUCUGCUAUCCCCAAUAUGGAGGAUGAAAGUUUAAAAAAGAAAACCAUGUCCUUGUGUAACAUAGGCAGCAGUGGUAAUAUCGAGAAGGAGCUCCUCCCCGGUGGAGACCCACGAAAUAUAAGCGGCAUGGUAGGUGCUCCCUUUGGCGGAAAGGGAAGCAACAGCAACCUGGGAUUUGUCACCUCCAACAUUUAUGACUACAUUUGGGAUAAGAAGUCGAGCGGAAUAGGAGCCGUCCCUGCAGCUGCGACCGCAACUGGAGGGGCCUGUACAACCGCCACCACUUGCAGUGCCCUGUGUGGCGCAGUUUGCACCGGAGUGUGCACCGCAAUUGGGGGAAGCACAACUUGCGGCGGGGUGUGCAGCGGGGUGUGCAGCGGAGCGUGUGGAGGAAUCUGCUCGGGCAACUGCGGGGGGGGCAAGAAGGACGUAACGAACAACAGCAGCACGAACAGCGUGAGCUACGACGAGAACUUCAACGAUUUGGAGGAUGAUAAAGGAAACGCAAAUGGAAAGACUAACAAGUGCAAUGUUGAAAAGAGGCUCCGAGGAAAUUACUGCCCGUCUAAAAAUGAAAAUGGGAUCAUGUCGAUGAUGUCGGAUUCGAAUUUAAUGCACCUGUUAAACGAAGGCACAGGAGCUGCUGCCGCCUUAGCCGGGGGAGAGGCAUUGCUCAAAGAGAACAAAACAAUCCAAUUGAAGAAAGCGAACGGACACAAUAUAUCCUCUAGCAAUAGCGCCAUAAGCAACAGCGGUGGAAACCCGGCGAAUUAUUCCCCAACGCACAUUUACGAAGUUGACAAUAUUAACGGUAGCCAGGAUUACCACGUGAAGGGGGAGGAUGGCAAAACGGAUCUGAACAAGUCAGACGAUUAUAAAAAUGGAAAGAGUAACAGCAGUAGCAGCCAUGUGAGUCCAAGCGCAAAUUUGAUAAAAACGGGCAUCAACAUGAACAGCGAUGAUGGGGGCAGGCCGGGCAACGUGGGCUUUGCGGGGCCGGACGCCGACGAUGGUCAAAAGGGGCAAAUCGGUCAAAGCGAUCAAAGCGGCCAAAGCAACACAGGCGAGGGAGCCAACAACCUGCCCAAAAUGCCAACCACGUUCGGCGAACAGCUCACGCACGAGGAGCCCUACGGGAAAAACGGAAACGCCGCCCAGAACGACUACGACGCGCAGGCGCAGAACAGCAAGGCGCUGACCGAAGUGGACCUCCUCAACAAAUUGAUAUCCCACAACAUUGACGAAAACUUGUGCUUUUCAUAUCCAAAUAAUGUGGCCUACCAAGGAGACGAGAGCUGUGAGCAUGCAAAAGAAGACCUUUACAAAACGUUCAACUUCGAUGGGGAAAAUAAGUCCUUCAAUUUUAGCGGACUGAUGGACGAAACUGUUGAGGAAAGAGACAUCCGAAUAAACAAAGAGGUCCACAAGUGCAAACUUGUUGAAGGGCUCAUAUAUGACGAGGCGAACAAGUGCUUUCGAAUUAAAAUUAAUGGGUAUAGGAAGGCCUACUCUGUUAUCAGGCGUGGUGUUAAAGAGGCCUACAAGUUAAGCAUUGAGGCCAUUCACCAGAUUCGCAGGCAGGCUCACCUGGGAGCGUUAGGCGGCUUGGCUCUCGGCCUGAACGGCAGCAGCCCUAGCAACGCCGUCGGCGGUGUCGGCGGUGUCAGCGGUGUCAGCGGUGUCAGCGGUGUCAGCGGUGUCAGCGGCGGGUUUAGCGGCGGAAUACUGAACAGCACAUCCGAGCAAGGACAAAUAAACGCCAACCACUUAACCCACUUUUACAACUCCAGCCCGGAAAACUCCAGACAGGGCUCGCUCUACAACUACCAAUAUAAGAACAAGCAAGAAAUGCAAAACGAUUUCGCAGAGGACAUGUUUGAAAACGCCCCCGAUGCGAACAAUAAUGGCACCACCCAAGUGGACUCGAACAGAGAGGAUUCCCUGGGAGAAACGAAAAAGAUCGCAAGCGAAAAUAACAGCUCCUUCCCAAUGCUCAACAUUGACGACAAGUACUAUGAGCUGCUCAAAACGGCCAUCAUCAUUUGCCUGAAUGACAUUUUGAUGAAUUCCAUCCCCAAGUUGUUUCACAUAUACAAAGACAUCAGCACCACGACGAACGUAAAAAUGGAAGAUUUGCUAAAUGACGAGAAGAAGAGAAGGGAGCAGUCCGUCAAGUACCACAUAGCAUACACCCAAAAUUCCAUUGGCGUGUCAUCCCUUAUUCCUUACCUUCGAUUGUUCAGCAUGGAGAUUUUAAACAACGUCUUGCCGUCAACCCAGUCCCUCGAAAUUCAGAGGAAGAUUAUCUACUCCCUCGAUUUGCAGGCCUACAACACCUCCUACUGA